UGCUUAGGAUCUUUUGUUUUUUUACCAUUGUACUCCACUGAGAUCCUGCUUCCUUUUAAACACAAUGAUCAAACUGCUGGCCCUUAUUGUAGCUGCCCAAUAAAAGAUCGGAUUCGUGAAUGUUUUCAUUUCUGGAUCAGGAUCCCUCCUACUUGUCUCUGCUGUACGUCCUUGACUGUCGAACGAAUUUAUAUCAGUUGCCACACUCUUAAUCAUACGUUUUUCUAAUCAACACACGACAUGCAACGCUCUGUCUCUCCGGACUCUGUUCAAAGCGGAGCUUCUAUGUACUUCACCACCAGUCGCGCUUCAUACGCUCUACGUAUCGAGCGACGGUUCGUGCAAGCAUGGAAGACAAUUACCCAGGUUACCCACAAGCCCGAACGCGCCUCGUUCGUGCCUCCAGGCUUUGUUUUGGUUAAUGCCACGAAACGACGCAGUAUAAUGUUGACAUGAUCAUCCGGGAGUUACGCCUUUUAAACUCUCUGUUAUACAUUUCAUAAUAGUGGAUUGCUUUCAACGAUAUGUAGCGAUAUGUACAUAGCCAAAAUUUUCUCGAUACGAUCUUGGGACUGGGACUAAUUGGUGUAAUGUUUGGACUUCUUAAUUUGUAUGUACUGGUUGUGCACACACUAUAUAACUUGUAUGUAUUUUCUCUCGCUUCAGA